CUUCACACAAAGCAUUCUACUUCCUUUCCCUUCCAAUUCUAAACCUUUCUCCAAGCUAAUUAAGUCUGUAUUUCAACAAAAUUACCGACGGCCAAAUGGCAAAAGCGGCGUGCAUGGUGGUGAUGUCCAUGGUGGUGGUGGCGGCGGCGAUGAUGGCUGGCCUGCAUGCACAGUCCGUGACGUGCGGCACCGUGGUAACCGAAUUGUCCCCAUGCAUGAACUACGUGAGGAACGGCGGUGCGGUUCCGAUGAACUGCUGCGACGGGAUCAGAUCCCUCUAUAAAUCCGCCGCCACCACCGCCGACCGCCAGACCGUUUGCAACUGCAUGAAGAACGCCGCCGCCUCUGUCCCCGGCAUAAACCUCGAAUUGGCCGCCAACCUCCCGGAAAAAUGUGGCGUUACCCUUCCCUACAAGAUCUCCCUCUCCACUAACUGCGCAACGGUGCAGUAAGCAUGAGAAGACGAUAAAUGCUGCAUCAUGGAGUUGAUUAAAUAA